CUUCGCACACCCGGUUUAGGAAAAGGCCUUAACCGGCCUCGCAGCAAGUUGAUCCUGCCACACCCUCUUUCUUCUUCCGGCUCAACAGGAACAGACUGCAAAGUUCUAAUGCUUCGUAUUGCCCUUCGACCACCUCUAUCAUUUUCUCGCUAAAUUCACCAAGAAAAGGGAAGUAAUGUCGAGCGACGAUGAGGAUUUCGUAUUCUACGGAACGCCCAUAGAACGAGAAGAAGAAAUCACCACCCGCAAGAAGAAGGCAAUAGCGGAGGCCUCUGGUCAGCUCAGAACUGCUCUUCCCCCAUGGAAACAAGAGGUUACAGAUGAAGAAGGGAGGAGGAGGUUUCAUGGAGCAUUUACUGGUGGCUUUUCUGCUGGUUACUAUAACACUGUUGGCUCCAAAGAAGGAUGGACUCCACAAUCAUUUACAUCAUCACGGAAGAAUAGGGCUGAAGUUAAAAAACAGAGCAUUUACAGCUUCUUGGAUGAGGAUGAGAAAGCUGAAUUGGAAGGUCGUUCCUUGGGAACAUCCAUGCAAUUUGAUACAUUUGGAUUCACCGCAGCUGAGCUUGCCCGUAAACAAGCUGAGAAGGAACAACAACAGAGGCCGUCAACUAUUCCUGGACCUGUUCCAGAUGAACUAAUAGUUCCAGCGACAGAAUCUAUAGGCGUCAAAUUGUUGUUGAAGAUGGGAUGGAGACAGGGUCGAUCCAUAAAGGAUUCAAAUAGGAACUCACUUUACGAUGCUCGCAGAGAAGCUAGAAAAGCUUUUCUGGCACUUUCGGACAAUAUGAGUUCACAGAUCGACGAUUCAAAGCUGGAAGAAGAGGAUGCUGGCAACGAUCAAGAUCUUCCAAUUGGCAGCAAUGCUAAUCGGUUCUCUAAAACCACACCGGCAUAUGUACUCAACCCAAAGCAAGACUUGUAUGGCUUAGGCUACGAUCCUUUUAAGCAUGCUCCGGAGUUUAGGGAAAAGAAAAGACUGAGAAUGUCUGGGGAUAAGGAGAUGAAGCCUUACAGGUCUCUCUCCAUAAAAGGAAAAAUUGGUCCUGGUUUUGGUAUUGGUGCUCUUGAAGAUUUAGAUGCAGAAGAUGAAGAUGUAUAUGCAUCGGGUUAUGAUUUUCAAGAUACUUAUGUUCAAGAAAUAGAAGAACCUUCAAGAGUGAAUGUGGAUACUUUGCGGAUAUUAGAUAAAAAGAAAGACGGUGUUCUGUCUGGUUUUAAAGUUGCAACAAAUUCUGAAAGCCAACUGGAGAGAUUUGAUUCUCCUGUAAUUCCAAAGGACUUUGUUCCCCAUCACAAGUUUCUUGCUCCUCUCGGCAAUGAUGGGAAGAAUGCUGAAAUCCCUCCCCCUGAGGUCCCUGCUCCAGAAGAUAACAAUCUGAAGGUCUUGAUCGAAGGGGUGGCAACUUUAGUGGCUCGCUGUGGCAAAUUGUUUGAGGAUCUCUCCAGGGAGAAGAAUCAGUCAAACCCAUUAUUUGCCUUCCUUAGUGGAGGAAAUGGUUCUGAUUAUUAUGUAAGGAAACUCUGGGAAGAGCGCCAGAAGCGUGGUGAACAAACCAAAUUGUGGGAAGGGAAAAAGCCUCAGAAUUCAGAACAGCUGACUGCUGAAAGACGUGGGAAAAUUUUAGGAGAAAAAGCUCUGGAGAAGAGCUCAAGAGAUUCUAGCUCUUUGGUUGAAUCUGCUGCUUCUGUUAAUAUCCAAUUUAAACUUUCAGACACCUUCACCAAACCUGCAUCUAUUAAUGACCAGCCGGAUAUUAGAAAACCUUUCCUUGAUGACCCCGAAAAGCAAAAGAGAUUCGAACAGUUCUUGAAGGAGAAGUAUGAAGGAGGUCUUCGAACGAAAGAUUCUGGUGGCUCCAGUAACAUGUCUGAAGCUGCUCGUGCUCGUGAAAGAUUAGAAUUUGAAGCUGCAGCAGUGGCCAUAGAAAAAGGCAAUUCAGGUAAAGAAAGCAAGGCUACCAGCCAGUUGCUUGCAGAUUUGACAGGUGCUGCAGGAUUACAGUUUAUUACCAGUGGAAUAGAGAAAGAUAAAGUUCAACAGGAUGAGGAAUUGAUAACUAAGGCAAUGUAUCCGAAACGGGAAGAGUUUCAAUGGCGACCUGCACCUAUUUUAUGCAAGCGUUUUGAUUUAAUUGAUCCUUACAUGGGCAAGCCACCUCCUGCUCCACGUGCGAGGAGCAAAAUGGACUCUCUAAUUUUUAUGCCAGAUUCCAUCAAAACUGCAAAUGUGGAAGAACAUAUUAGCACAGAGCACCCCUCGUCUUCAGUUCCUCAAGUGCACAAUGGGAAGCAAGGCGGAGAAAUUACCGACAAGGAAGUUGCGAGUGAGGUGGAAGUCGAAAAUGUUGAGAGGCCUGUCGAUCUGUACAAAGCCAUUUUUUCAGAUGAUUCAGAUGAUGAAGAGGAAAAUACUACUUCUGAUCAGGUUGAGGAUACCCAAAAGAAGAUUGAAGUUGCAAACACGACCCUAAAUCGUCUAAUAGCCGGAGACUUUUUAGAAUCAUUGGGAAAAGAACUAGGUUUGAUGGUUCCCCCAGAGACGCCAAUAUCAGAAAUUAAAGCUGGUGGAAGAGGUCCUCAGAAGGAAGCUGUUAAUGUUGACAAAGGAAAUGGUGAUCCUCUGCCGUCUGAAAAGAAAAGGUCAGAUUCUCAAUACAUUGUGGGAAGUUCAACAAAUGGAGAAAGAACAGAAAUGAAACCAGAUAAUCUACAUAAGAGCACUGAUGUGUUUUUAAGCGCUGUCACACGUAUAGAUGGUGGUCAAACUGCAGAUAGAGUUUCAGUGGGAGACAGUAGUAAAGGUAGAUUUCCAAAUGCUCCCGGGGAAGAGAGGGAUCUGAAUACUCACAGAACUCUGAAUCGCAGUCAGAGUAGCAGUUCUUCAGAAGAUGAAAGGAGCAGAAAACGCGCGAGCCGUCACAGGCAUAAACACCGCAGGAGCAGCACUCCAGAUAGUGAUGCAUCCAGUGACUCAGAUGAUUAUCGAGAUCGACACCAUUCGAAGUCCAGAAGAAAAGAAAAGGGAUCGUCUCGGGAAAAGAGUAGCAGCAGAAGGCAUUCAAAGCACCACAAACACAGACGAAAGGAUUCUCCCAGUCGAUCACAUCGUAGCUCUGGAACAGAUCAUGAAAAUCGCAGAAGAAAGAAGAGUAAAUAUGAAGAUUGAGGAGGAAAUACCGGGAUGCUAAAAGCUGGAUUGUCCGGGUUUCUCUAGUUUCCGGGUCGGAUCUACUGUAAACGAUGCUCGAAUUUAGAUGAUAUUACAGCUAUACUUCUAUUCCCUCUGUGUUUUUCAGUCAGGCCCAAAAAUACCUGUUAAUACCUGUAUCUUAUGGCUUCAAAUGCUGUUACUGGAGAAAACAUUUGAAUUUGGUGGAAUGCUGAAUAAGGAUUGAAUGCCUUUCAGUUGCAA